AACAAGACCCCGGAUGCGCAUUUGUUUAUUUUGUGUGGAACAUUUGUCAUGGAGGGACGGAAAGUAGUGGUGCUGCUGUUCCUCAUUUGUGCGGAUGUCCGAUAUUCUCUGACACAGGAUGUCCAGUUUCUAGGACCUGCCAACCUUGAGACUUUGAACAGAGAAGUUCGGAGACAUCUUCUGUCAACCAUAACCAGCGAGUUGUCGACCGUGAAACAGAUGAUAGAUUCCAUGCAGCCGAAGAUGUCUGACUGUCAGACCAAGACACACACGCUGAUGGGAGACUGCAUCCAUUGCGUCAAUGAUCUCUGCCAAAACAGAAUCAAGAAGUGCCGAGGAAUCACGAAAGUUGUACUACCCGCAACAGGUGGCGUUUCGGUCUCAAACCACCAGAACGAGGCUGGAGAAUCCACCGUUACAAUUUGCAGUAUCCUUAGCGACAACUCAAAGUCGUGUCAAACGAUUAUGAAUCCUGAUGGUGUCAUGGUCUCAUCCAUUUCCAACAUGGGUAACACCCUACAGGUGCACCUGCAUGGCGCUAUAAAUGAUCUUGGAGGAAAUGUUGGAACCUUCGUCAAUGGAAUGCAAACAUUCAUUGGGGGAUUCAGUCCCUCCAAUUCCUCCCUCAAUGCUACAGAAUGGCAAUCUCUCCAGCAAGCGGGGAAACAGUACGGAAAGAUCGCCACGGAACUUGGACAACAGAUGGCUCAGAUGAGUAUGCAGAUGGGUCAGUCCAUGAACAACUUUGCGCAGCAGAUGAACCACGGUAUGAACCAAAUGGCUUUCGGACUAACAGAUAUGUUUAACAACAUGGCCGCCAGUUUUGGACCUUGGAACGUCCCAAACGUUCCGAACAUUGUCAACAUAAACUCACAACUUCCGGGCAACCAACACGGUGCUGUUAACAUUAACUCACAACUUCCGGGAAACCAACAUGGUGCUGUUAACAUUAACUCACAACUUCCGGGAAACCCACACGGUGUAGUUAACAUUAACUCACAACUUCCGGGAAACCAACACAGUGUAGUUAACAUUAACUCCAAUAUCGGAUCAUACGAAGCUCCGGUUGUCCAAAGUCCCAUGAAUUUCCAAACAUUUGGUAUGCAUAUGCCUGCAUUCCCGUCAGUGAUGAAUGUAAAUUCUCAGAUUCACACCCAAAACAAUAUACCCAAACCACAACAAACUCUCCACAACUCCUAUCCAGUUUCUUCCUCUAGUGUCGUGAAAAUAAAUAAUAAAGUAUUUCAACAGAACAACAAUAACGCCCCUCACGUCUUGAAUAUCGACACACACAUUCAGAACAAAAAUGGCAAAACUCAAGGUAGUCAGAACGUUAAUUUCAACAUGGGGAACUCCUUUGGGGCUUUCAAUGGACAAGCAUUUGCAGCUGGGAUCAACAACCACAUUGCCAAUGUUUUCAGCAACAUAUUUGGAAGAAAAAAGAGAGCUGUUCUUGGCUUCGAGCCAACGACUUCAACUUCUGCUCCCACUACUUUGGGUCGAUUUAAAAUAACAAGCAGGAGAUCACGAAGGAGGAAAUCCAAGUCAAGAUCUAAGUCAAGAUCUAGACAGAGGAGCUCAACCACGACUACUACGCCUGCGCCAGUCAGUCCGGAAACGGUGCCGAAGACCCCUGCAGCAACCACCACCACCACACCAAAACCAACAACCCCAACAGCUAAAGUUGAUCAAAUUGUCUCUCAUCUUGAACACAGCAUUGCUGAACGUUUCACACAACCCAGUCAAGAGACUCCAAAGGUGACGACAGUAAUAAUUGAUCCGCCAAAAACAUCCGAACUUUCGUUUGAUCCAGAGGUUAUUUCACAAAAAAUAGGAACAACAGAGAAGAUUCCUAAUUCACAUGACGAUUCCCCAGCACUGCAGGCUUUGUUAGGAGUAAUACUGCCAGAAGAAGCCUAUGGUGUUCCCAUUGCUAUGCAAACCACUACAGAGCCUCCGGUCACGCCCAUUAGCCUCGGGAUCGAGGAUCUGUUCAAGUCUCUUACUGUUCCUCCGAAAGUAGACAGUUCGACUGAUGUUCCUGAUUGUGGAACAAUCGUAAUUGAUCCAAAUUCAUGCGCCAAAUAUAAAUCGCAGUGUGCAACAUGUGCAGAGUAUAUCGACAAAAACAAGGGAGAUAUUCUAAAACGAGUGUGUGGUGACAGAAUAGUAAAGAAUGGAAGUAAGCUAACGGAAAAACUGAGGAAACUUAACGAAGUUUACGACCAAGUGAUAGCCUCCUCAAAUCUUAUCACACAGGUAAAGUUUAAAAAGUCUAGAAUUGACCCAUCGACCUUAUCCGUUCCUGGGGUGAAGGUCACGGCACUCAUAAGAGGGGAAUCUCUUUCGUUCUUUGCCAAGUCUCCUCUUUAUGUGUUUGAUAUGACAAAAACUGCGCAGACAUUGUCUAAACAAAUUUGGCAGUACUGGUCCCCGUUUUCGGUUCUGGAUUACUGCUUGUUUGCCGCAGUUCUUCUGAUCUCUGCUAUCGUAGGACUAUAUUAUUUCCUCAAAGAAAAGUUUGGAAAAAAAGAAUUGACAUCAGACGACCUGCUGAUGGGAGGGCGGGAAAUGAGUGUGUUUCCGGUAGCAAUGUCUCUUGUAGCCAGCUACAUGUCAGCAAUCACCGUUCUAGGUGUACCCACGGAGAUGUACGUGUACGGCACAGAGUAUUAUCUGGUGGGAUUUUCAGGGCUGAUGACUUAUCCUGCCACUUGUUUUAUUUUCCUUCCUUUUUUCCAUAACCUUGGACUGACCAGUGCAUAUCAAUACCUGGAACUUCGAUUCAAUCGCUGGACAAGAUGUAUAGCUUCUCUAGUGUUUGUCAUCGAAAUGAUAUUGUACAUGGCAGUAGUAUUAUAUGCGCCAGCACUUGCACUUAAUCAAGUGACUGGUUUGUCGCUUUGGGGCUCUAUAAUCAGUGUCGGGAUUGUGGUGACCUUUUACACAUCGUUAGGUGGACUCCGAGCCGUGGUCUGGACUGAUACGUUUCAGACAUUUAUCGUUGUCGGUGGUCUGAUUGGGAUCAUUAUCAUGGGGUGUAACAAAGUUGGAGGGAUGGCAGAAAUCUGGCGAAUCUCACAAGAAGGACAGAGGAUACAAUUCUUCGAUUUCGACUUCAGUCCAUUUAAGCGUUGUACAUUUUGGGGUCUCAUUAUUGGAAGCUUUAUAGGCCAGCUGACAAUUUACGGAUCUAGCCAGACCAUGCUGCAGCGAUAUAUGAGUAUAAGUAAUGUGCGCAAGUCUCAAAUGGCACUGUUCGUCAGCCUACCCACGACGAUUCUGCUUGUUUCAUUAGUCUGUAUUGCGGGCCUCGUUAUAUACGCUACAUAUCAUUCGUGUGAUCCGUUACUGGAUGGGAAAAUCAUUUCUCGAGAUCAGCUGUUGCCGUAUUACGUCAUGGAGUCUCUUGGGGAAGUACCCGGUGUACCUGGCAUUUUUGUGGCCAGCAUUUUCAGUGCCUCUCUGAGCUCCAUUUCCUCUUGCUUGAACGCUGUGUCGAUCACUAUACUGGAGGAUCUUAUCAAACCCGCAAUGGAGUAUCUCGACAAGACUAUGACCAUUCAAACCGAAGCAAGGCUGGCCAAAUUACUGGGAAUAAUGUGUGGGGUGCUCGUGAUAGCAUUCGCAUUCCUGUGUACAAUGCUGGGUUCAACUGUCCUACAGAUAAUGAUAAGCGUAUUCGGAUUGGCAGGCGGACCUCUACUCGGUGUAAUUGUUAUGGGGAUGUUCUUUCCCUGUGUUAAUGGCGCGGGUGCGCUGGCGGGUUUGAUCGUCAGCACAAUAGUGAUGUUCUGGAUUGUGAUUGGUUCCUUCGUUUACGAAGUCCCGAUGCCCGUGCUUCCUUUUUCCACAGAGGGUUGUGCCGCUGAUGACAGCACCGUAUCUUACGUCUUCAAUGCAUUCACUACUAGCAUCAGCGAUCUAAGUAAUGUCAUUCCUGUCACAGUAACAUCGACGCUCGCACCAUGGAUAGAAUGGUCUGGUUUUAAGAUAAUCUACAGUAUUUCCUUCCUGUGGUAUCCUACUGUGGCGCUUUUUGUCGCCCUGGUGGUGGGAAUUCUGGUCAGCUGUGUCACAGGUUGGACAAAAAAGCCAACAAGUCCCAGAUUUGUCUACCCUACCGCAGAGAAAUUAUGCUGUUGUGUCCCAUACAGAAAUAGAAGGACGUGCAACAGAAUGUUUGCAUACAAUGUACAGUCAGCUGGUGGGGAGGAGUUGUUGACUGAUGACGAAGAAGAGGAAGAAAUUCAUUCGUCCAAACCUUUUAGAAAUUGCUCACGGGAAACCGCCAGACUUCUGCCCUCGGACAAAAAUAGAAUGGACAGCUUUGAAGCAGAACUGGAAGUUACCACCCCAGUUUGAAGGCAAAGUGUUUCUCGAAGUUGUGUUUAUUGCAUGUCAUGUUAGUUACUCGGCAAGAAAUCGUAUUGAUAUGACCGAAAUGACCACAUCUCAACUUUUCGAUGGUCAAAUUGAUGUAUAAAUGUAUUUGUACUUGGUGAGACUGUGCACAUGAUAUACAUUGAUUUUGUAAUUACUAUACAUGUCAAAAAUAAAUGGAUUACAAUA